GGACGUCCUUCUGCUUCUUCCUCUGCCACAUCAGUGAGGCGGUUUGCUGGUGGCUUACAGCUUCAUACCACAGAUCUUGAUGAUAUAAACUUAGAUGAAGUUGAGAAACAUAUGGCGCCACUUCCACCACCACCAGUUGCUGUUACUCCAGUAUCAUCAGCUCAUCCACUUCCUGUAUUGAAUGUUCCACUUUCCAAAGGUCCAGUCCUAACAGUAUCACCAGCUUCCCAGGUUGUAAGAAACACCUCCCACGUUGGCAAAGUGUCUGCCGUGUCAAGCAGUCCACUGCAAUUUGCUCCAAGUCCACCUACCCAACGACAUCCAGGGGUACCAAUAAUCUCUAAACCAGUCAUGCUUCAUCCUGACCCAAACCUUAUGGUCAGGCCAACUAUCAAAUCAGAGGCCCUGGGCUUCCAGAAAUAUGUGGAAGACUUUGAUCCACAUUCAAUGUUUACUCCAGAGCAGAUUGUGGGAAAAGACGUACGCCUCUUACGCAUUAGAAAGGAAGGAUCAUUAGACCUUGCAGUUGAGGGAGGAAUUGAUUCUCCUGUUGGAAAGAUAGUUGUAUCUGCAAUCUAUGAGGGUGGUGCUGCAGACAAACAUGGAGGCAUAGUGAAAGGGGAUGAAAUACUGGCUGUAAAUGGCAAGAUAGUAAUUGACUGCAGGCUGGCAGAAGCACAAGCAACUCUGGCAAAUGCUUGGAACAUGGGUGGGGUAAGUAUGUGGGAUUACUUUUCCAUUCUACCUGCAACUCUCAUGAUGUGUAUUUUUCUUUCACAAUGUUGUCACAGCAAUAGAAGUAAAGUUGAAAAUGUCAGAAGAACCAGUAUGCAAUGCCACCAAAGUGAGUUGAAAUCUGUGGAUUAUAUAGGUAUACAACAACUCUGAAAGUCUUGCGUGUAA